AUGUUCCUGAGCCCUGGUGAGGGGCCUGUGGCUGUGGGUGGGGGGCCGGCCCCCUGCGAGGAGGCCCCCAAGAAGCACCGGAGGAACCGCACCACCUUCACCACGUACCAGCUGCACCAGCUGGAGCGGGCGUUCGAGGCCUCCCACUACCCCGACAUUUACAGCCGCGAGGAGCUGGCAGCCAAGGUGCACCUCCCGGAGGUGCGGGUGCAGGUGUGGUUCCAGAACCGUCGGGCCAAGUGGCGGCGCCAGGAGCGUCUGGAGUCCGGCUCUGGGGCUGUGGCAGCCUCGAGGCUCCCUGAGGCCCCAGCACUGCCCUUUGCCCACCCUCCAGCCAUUCCACUGCCUCUGGAGCCCUGGCUGGGCCCCGGGCCACCUACCAGGCCCGGCCUCACUCACCUGCUGGGCCCAGCCCCAGGGCUGCAGGCAUCCUUCGGGCCGCACGCCUUUGGUUCGGCCUUCAUGGAAGGCUUCGCUCUGGAGGAGGCAUCCAUUCGGCUUCUGGCCAAGGAGCACGCACAGGCUCUGGACAGGGCCUGGCCACCGGCUUGA